AUGAGCCAGAGGUUUACGGUCACCGCUUUCUCCAAAGGUGAAGACAACUGUCGUCUGUCAAGCAGACAGGGAGAGGUAAACCAGCUGUUUGAGGGCGACGAACCCACCCCAGGGUCUUCGGACAAAGGAGACUCUGAUGUUGCGGGGCACGAAUAUGUACUAGUUUUGCACGGUGAUGGCAACCCCAAGGAGAGCAGCCCGUUCAUUAACAGCAGUGACGCGGAGAAGAGCCAACAGUAUGACGGGAAGAACAUGGCCCUGUUUGAGGAGGAGAUGGACACCAGCCCGAUGGUUUCAUCGCUGCUCAGCAGCCUGGCCAACUACUCCAACCUCCCGCAGGGGAGCAAGGAGCACGAGGAGGCGGAGAACAACGAGGAGGCACGCAAGAAGCCCGUCAAGGCUCCACGGAUGGGUACACUGAUGGGCGUGUACCUCCCCUGCCUGCAGAACAUCUUCGGGGUGAUCCUCUUCCUGCGGAUGACCUGGGUGGUGGGCAUCGGUGGAGUGCUGGGGUCCUUCAUCAUCGUCUUCAUGUGCUGCUCCACCACCAUGCUCACCGCCAUUUCAAUGAGUGCCAUCGCCACCAACGGAGUGGUGCCAGCUGGGGGCUCCUACUAUAUGAUCUCGCGCUCCCUGGGGCCUGAGUUUGGGGGCGCAGUCGGCAUCUGCUUCUACCUGGGGACCACCUUUGCCGGGGCCAUGUACAUCCUGGGGUGCAUUGAGAUCCUCCUGAUCUACAUCGUGCCCCAGGCGGCCAUCUUUAAGCUGGAGGGCCUGGAGGGGGCGGAGGCGGAGGCGGCCCUGCUGAACAACAUGCGGAUCUACGGCACCUGCGUGCUGUCCUCCAUGGCGCUGCUGGUCUUCGUCGGCGUCAAGUACGUCAACAAGCUGGCCCUCGUCUUCCUCACCUGCGUCAUCGUGUCCAUCCUGGCCGUCUACGCCGGCGUCAUUAAGACCGCCUUCGACCCGCCCGACUUCCCAAUCUGUCUCCUUGGAAACCGCACCUUGGUCUGGAAGGGCUUUGACGUAUGCGCCAAGGUGGUGGCGCGGGACAACGGCACCGUCACCACCAAGCUCUGGAGACUGUUCUGCGACUCCGAGUUCCUCAACGCCACCUGCGACGACUACUUCACCAACAACAACGUGUCAUCGGCCCAGGGCAUUCCUGGGGUCGCCAGCGGCAUCAUGGCUGAGAACUUCUUUGGCUAUUACAUGGAUAAGGGGAUCAUUCUGGAGAAGCGGGGGAUACAGUCAGUGGUGGAUCCGGACGCCCCUCAGACCAACACCAACCGCUACGUCCUCUCCGACAUCACCAGCUUCUUCACCCUGCUGGUGGGAAUCUAUUUCCCCUCAGUGACAGGGAUCAUGGCCGGUUCUAACCGGUCUGGAGAUCUACGGGAUGCACAGAAGUCCAUCCCCAUCGGGACCAUCAUGGCCAUCACUACCACCUCCUUAGUCUACAUGUCGAGUGUGUUCCUGUUUGGGGCUUGUAUCGAGGGCGUGGUGCUGAGGGAUAAGUUCGGAGAAGCUGUGAACGGGAACCUGGUGAUCGGCACGCUGGCAUGGCCGUCCCCGUGGGUGAUCGUGAUUGGCUCCUUCUUCUCCACCUGUGGGGCGGGGCUGCAGAGUUUGACGGGGGCGCCACGCCUCCUGCAGGCCAUCUCCCGUGAUGGCAUCGUGCCCUUCCUCAGGGUGUUUGGUCAUGGUAAGGCCAAUGGAGAGCCUACCUGGGCCCUGCUGUUGACUGCGUGUAUCUGUGAGAGCGGGAUCCUCAUCGCUUCCCUGGACGCCGUUGCUCCUAUCCUCUCCAUGUUCUUCUUGAUGUGCUAUAUGUUCGUCAACCUGGCCUGUGCCCUGCAGACUCUGCUCCGCACGCCCAACUGGAGGCCCCGAUUCAAAUUCUACCAUUGGACCCUGUCCUUCCUGGGAAUGAGCCUGUGCCUCUCCCUCAUGUUCAUCUGCUCCUGGUACUACGCCAUCGUCGCCAUGGUGAUCGCUACCUGCAUCUACAAGUACAUCGAGUUCCGCGGGGCGGAGAAGGAGUGGGGAGAUGGAAUCCGGGGUCUGUCCCUCAGUGCUGCGCGAUUCGCCCUCAUGAGGCUCGAGGAGGGACCACCGCACACCAAGAACUGGAGGCCACAGCUGCUGGUUCUGGUCAGUGUCGAUGCGGAGCAAAACGUGGAGCAGCCCCGCCUCCUCUCCCUGACCAAUCAGCUGAAGGCAGGGAAGGGCCUGACCAUCGUGGGAACAGCACUGGUGGGAACCUUCCUGGAGAAUCACCCCCAAUCGCAACGUGCAGAACAGGCCCUGAGGAAGAUGAUGGAGACGGAGAAGGUGAAGGGCUUCAGCCAGGUGGUGAUCUCCUCCAACCUGCGCGACGCCACCUCGCACCUCCUCCAGGCCGGCGGGCUGGGGGGCCUGCAGCACAACACCGUGCUGGUCAGCUGGCCCCGCAACUGGAAGCAGCCUGAGGGUCACCAGGUCUGGAGGAACUUUGUGGAGCUGGUGAGAGAGACCACUUCUGCGCACCUCGCCCUCCUGGUGCCCAAGAACAUCGCGGCCUACCCGUCCAAUGGCGAGCGCUUUACUGAGGGGCACAUCGACGUCUGGUGGAUCGUCCAUGAUGGGGGCAUGCUCAUGCUGCUGCCCUUCCUUCUGCGUCAACACAAGGUGUGGAGGAAGUGUAAGAUGCGCAUCUUCACCGUGGCCCAGAUGGACGACAACAGCAUCCAGAUGAAGAAAGACCUGACCACCUUCCUGUACCACCUGCGCAUCGAUGCCCAGGUGGAGGUAGUGGAGAUGCAUGACAGCGAUAUCUCUGCCUACACUUACGAGAAGACCCUGGUGAUGGAGCAACGAUCACAGAUCCUCAAACAGAUCAAUCUAACCAAGAACGAGCGUGAGCGAGAGAUCCAGAGCAUCACUGAUGUCUCUCGCGGGUCCAUCCGGCGCAAGAACCCAGGCCCCUCAGGGCCCCAGCUCACCGUGCCAGAGGAGCAGCCGGGCGUCAGCGUGGAGGAGAAGCCUGAGGAGGAGUCUGUGAACAUCUCCCGCCCCCCACAGGUGCAACUGAUCCACGACAAGAACGCCACGCCCGCCCCCACCCCCACCAGCCCCCAGUCCCCCGUCGAGGGGGCCCAGACCCCGGGGGACAAAGUGCACAUGACAUGGACCGAAAAGUUUGAGGAGGACAAGGGCAAGGGCAAGCCUCCUGGUGCCACCACACCGGAGGGAAUCAAGGAUAUCUUCAACAUGAAGCCGGAAUGGGAGAACCUGAACCAGUCGAAUGUGAGGCGCAUGCACACCGCUCUUCGGCUCAACGGGGUCAUUAUGAAGAAGUCCCAGGAGGCCAAGCUGGUCCUCCUCAACAUGCCCGGACCUCCCCGGAACAGGACAGGCGACGAGAACUAUAUGGAGUUCCUGGAGGUCCUGACAGAGGGUCUAAACCGCGUCCUCCUCGUGCGUGGUGGAGGGCGCGAGGUCAUCACCAUCUAUUCCUGAGGACCACGCCCAUCCCUCCCCAUUCCCACACCCUCUCCAUAGACUGACCCCUCCCAUCACCUUUACCCAGAAUGCACCCGUCCCUCACAUCCGAGCAAUAGCCCCAUCUCAGCACUCUCUUCUCAAACAGCUUUAUUCUCAAAGAGUCGCAUCCCAUUCCUCCAGAUGUCCAAACCAGCAUACAUUUCUCCUGUGUUUAAUGUCUCUUUUAUUCCUGAGAUGCCCAGAUGUCUCUCUUUGUAAAAUGCCAAAAGCCUCUGGCUCUAGACCUGCUCUCUUGCUCGAAAUGAGUGGUGUAUACCUGGUUGAGAUGAUGAGGGCUUGGUUUGCUCGUUUACCUGCUUGCUGGCUAUACAUCCCAGCUGAGGAUACCACACAAAAUGGCGGGUCAUUCAUCCUGUCCAAUGAAAACACCGCCACCAUUCCAUACAAACGCCUCCAUCAUUCCAUUCAAAUUCUGGAUGUCUUUGGCUCCUCCCACUGUCUGUGUUGUCUACACUCAUUUGUUCCUGUGCUCUUGUGAGGGUGGGGUCAGUGGAGAAGGAGGUGGUGGAGUGCUUGUUUUUUUUCUCCAUUUGAAAGGGGGUUUUGUCAAUGCCGUAGUUGUAUAAGAUUUGGAGUUGUGCUGAUCCGGGAGUGCUUGGUGAAAAUGAAAACGAUGAGAAAGAUAACUGUAACUGUCGGGAGUAUCAGCUGAAGAGGGACAUUCGGCAAAAACGACGACAGAGACCACACAUCUCCCACAAUCCCCAGCGCUACUACCGCCACCGCAAACAAUCCGGAUGAAGAGGGCUAUCACCACCCUGUGCUGAGUGACAUCACUGGGACAGAGAGCGCUGGGGGAGGGGCUUAGGCUCAGGCCCCGGCUCAGGCUUCACUGUCCCUGGCCUGUGUAGGUCAGGAUCUGUUAAAGUAGUGCAAGGCUCAGAGGAAGACUGUGGACUGUGUGUUUAAACUGAGCAUAGAGCUUUCCUUCAGAGUUGCAAACUCACGCCAGUGAGUCAGUGACUUGACCCUGAACACUACCCAAUGAGUUGCGUACAUUUUUUGUCGUCCUGUCAUUUUGUUUUGUAACUCUGUUAGCCACCCCCCCCCCAACCCUGUACUCACAUACACACACACACAUAUACAAAGGCAAUCACACAGGCACACAGACCCCACAAACACAGACAUACACAACCACACAGACACACACACACACACACACACUGUAUUAAGGGACUGUGUGACCCUUGCGAGACAGUUGUGAGAAGUGCCAAAAAUGAACAAGACUGACAAGGUCUCCAACAUGCGCAUUGUUUCACUGUGAGAAGAGUUUUCUGAGACCCUUUGGCUGCAAGAAUGGAGAGUGUGAGAGAGAGAGAAAGAGAGAGAAACUGUUGUGAUGUUAUUGUUGUGAGACACACCUUCCCCCAACCCCAGUGUGGAUCGCCUGUAAAUAGUGUACAAACUCAGAUGCCUCAUUAAAUAUCAGAGUAGUACUUUUUGUGACUAAACUAACAGCUUCUAGUAAAGAGAUGUUCCUCACAUCACACAGGUUCAUCUCGCAACGCUGCAAGGUUGCUUUCCUUUCUAUUGUAAUUCUUAACAAGAUCCAUGACAAAUUCUUGAAUGGUCAUGCACUGUGUAACGAGUGAUUGAUAAUGAUACGCUUUACAAAUAGAAUCACCGAACAUGAAUUGUGUCACAAACCCAUCUGUGAUUCUGCCAUUCCCCUCUCCCCCAUCUCUGCUGCCAAAAUUUAAACUAUCAAACUUUUAAUUAUCAUACGGUUCUGUGAAAGGAGAACAGAUAACUGAAUUAGGAUGAUUCCUUGUUUUUUAUCAACAGUCGGCAUCCUGUUAUUCUUUUAUCACAUUUUGCCAAAUUAACACAUGACUAUUUAAAAGUGCCAUAUUAAAAGAAAGUAUAUUUUUGAUAGGAAACAAAAUUUAGAUUUUAAAAUGGUAAUAUAGAAUCGGUUUCUACAGCUAAUACUGAUCCUACAUUAUCAGCAAAGCCAAAUUCUUGUAUCUGCAAGAAAUAUGGACUGAUUAUACAUUGCUGUGUAGAAACAGGUGCAAUAAGAUGAUGUUCAAAAGUAAAACACAGUCUACUCUUAAAUCUCAAUCCUCUGUAAUAUAAGAAUAUAUUUUCUUUUUGAAAAUGGCACAGAAUUAUAGAACUAAUUUAUUUUGAUUACCAUUUUUAAUUCAUCAAAAUAUUGUGAAGACAUUAUGUGCAUUUGUGAAAGGGUUGUGCAAUUCCUUAAAUUUGGACUCAUGCAUUGUGUUAUUUAUUUUUAUAUCCAGAUAUUUUAUAUAAAUAAAUUUCAUAAAUGUAAUGAAUAUAACUUCUGUUAUCUAGCCAAUGACAAUUAGCCUAUAAUCUCUGUAGUCUACUAGAAACUGUUUUUCGUCACUUGUGGUAGAAUGAGACAAUAGUAUAAAUUACUACUAAUAAUUAUUUCAAUUAGCAUUUUUAUUCAUUUUUUUGUGAAGAAAACAAAUGGAUUAGUUUAUAGUAAGUAAUAAUAUUUUGUUUUGUUGUGCAAAUCUGUAAGAGAUGUUGCUUAAAAAACUAAACGUUUUGAGUUGUGAAAAUUGCUCGUAUUUACAAAUAAUUUGUACUGUAUUUAAAAAUGUUUUGAAAAAAAGAUUUACAUUAGAAAAUGGUAUAUUCUCGAGAAAUACAUAUCAGAUAAGAGCAGGUUUAGUUACAGUAAUAUGCAGCCUGUGGUCAUUUUGGGGAGUUAAUGAAGCCAAAACAAACAAACACAUUCAAGUUAUCCUGUCUUGUGUUUAUGUACAGGCAAGCGAAGGUUAAUUUUAAUGUGGAACUACAAAUGUAAACAAUGGAAU